CGAAAUGUAACGGAAGAUUGCUAAAGCUUAAGCAGGUGGUGGUGAUCCGUAGGUCAAAUCCACUCAGGAAACAGGGUCAACAAAUACGGCGAGAAUUGCGUGCUAUUACAGGAGAAAACAGGAUUAAAAUGCAUUCACAUUCACAUUCACAUUCAAAUCCUGCUCUUUAUAUUCCAAUACCUUGUACUCCACCAUUCCAAUCCAGUACAAACUGCAACGCCGUCUCAAUGGCAGGAGGUGACGAAGAAGAUAUUAUUGAGCCUCACACCAUCGGGAGUGGGGAAAGAAAUAGGAGUCGAAUAUUUGAGAGAAGUAAAAGUUAUUGGGUGCUUGUGGUAUCAAGCAUCCUUGCACUUAUUGUGGGUCAAGCGGCUGCUACCCUUCUUAGCAGAUAUUAUUUUGACAAUGGUGGUAACAGUAGAUGGCUCUCAACUCUCUUGCAAUGUGUGGGAUGGCCUAUUCUUCUCAUUCCAUUGCUUUUCUAUUUUCAAAAGAAACAGGGAUCCUCUAGGCUCACACCCCUCACACCCAAAUUGGGUCUCAUCUAUGUAGCCCUGGGCUUACUUGUAGCAGGAGACAAUUUGCUUUACUCUUGGGGUGUUUCUUUUAUGCCGGCUUCAACAUAUUCUCUUCUUUGUUCUAGUCAGUUGGCCUUCAAUGGAGUGUUUGCAUUCAUAUUGAAUAAGCAAAAAAUCACACCAUCUGUCCUGAAUUCUCUCGUUAUACUUAUUUUCAGUGCUGUUCUGCUUGGAGUUCAUUCAAGCAGCGAUAGGCCCGAGGGAGUGAGCAAUGCUGAGUACAUAGUAGGCUUCGUUUGCACUGUUGCAGCAUCUGCAAUGUAUGGACUCAUCCUUCCAUUGAUGCAGCUUGUGUUCCAAAGGGUUAUAAAGAAGGAAACUUUUGCUGUGGUCAUCGAGAUGCAAAUUUAUACUUCUAUUGUUGCAACGGCUGUAUGCAUAAUGGGAUUAUUUAUCAGUAGAGAGUCCGAAGAUAUGAAAAAGGAGGCUUCUAAUUUCAUCACAGGGAAACUUGCAUACUAUAUGACCUUGAUAUGGUCUGCAAUAGGAUGGCAGGUUUGUUCUGUAGGUGUGGUUGGUCUGAUCUUUCUAGUAUCUUCCUUGUUUUCUAAUGUCAUCAGCACCUUUGCCCUCCCUGUCGUGCCCAUAUUGUCAGUUUGGUUCUUUCAUGACAACAUGAGUGCGUUAAAGAUUAUUUCUAUGUUGUUAAGCAUAUGGGGAUUUGUUUCAUAUGUGUAUGGAGGGUACGUGGAUUCAAAAUAUGCCACUGUCCCAAAGAAUACAACUGAGGAAAAUUCACGCAGCUCUUUGACUGCAAGAUGAAUUCAAGUUCAAGUUGUGAGAGAUUGUUGUUUGCAAAUGCAACUAUAAUUGAAAGAUCAUCUGUUGACAAUCUCAUUUGGCAUGCUCUCGUGGCUCUGUUGCUAUAGCAUCUUAAUCAUCAAGCUUAUAAGGACGGAUUAGUAUGCGUUUUGUACACAUAGUUGAGAUUAGUAUGGACAACAUUUACCACCGAUGGUGUGCGGAAUAGAUAAUUUGUAAUUCUCGGUUACAAGUACAGAUAUGGAUGUAACAAUUUUUUGGAGACCCCAUGAUACAAUUUGAAGUUGACACAUCUGUGUGUGCACGCUCAUGUGCACAUGUACAAAUAAUUAUGCUAAGUUCGGAAAUUAAGAAACAUGAUAUUGAAAAAAAAGGGAAACAUUGUUAAAUGUUAUGUAUGAAGAGUGUGUCAGUGUAUGCACAUAAAUGUUGAAACUUGAUUUACAAUGCCUGUCAAUAGGUAAUACUGGCUUAUUUAUGGUUAAAUGUUGGUUGAUCAUAAAAGAAAAAAGAAAUUUGUCGA